CAAGAGGUAUGAAUACCUUCUGAAAGCACUGUGUGUAUAUAUCAGGGUUGGGGUCAAUUCCAUUUCAAUUGCAGUCAAUUCAGGAAGUACAGUGAAAUCCCAAUUCUCUUCAAUGUUUUUCAAUGUUUUUCAAAUGUGGAAUUGGAACUUUAUGAAUCGAUUUAAAUGGAAUUGACCCUAACCCUGGUAUAUACUGUAUACAUUUAUAAACUGGGUGGCUCAAACCCUGAAUGCUGAUUGUCUGACAGCCGUGGUAUAUCAGACCGUAUACCACGGGUUUGGCAAAACAUUUAUUUUUACUGCUCUAAUUACUUUGAUAACCAGUUUAUAAUAGAAAUACGGCUCCUCUGGGGUUUGUGAUAUAUGGCCAAUAUACCACAACUAAGGGCUGUUCUUACGCAAGACACAAUGCGGAGUGCCUGGACACAGCCCUUAGCCGUGGUAUAUUGGCCAUAUACCACACCGCCUCGGGCCUUAUUGCUUAAGUAUAUGGCUCUGGUUGCUACUAAGCACUGACUGACACAGGAUCAGAUCAGGUCUUAAUUCUCCUAAUGGUGAAGGUUAUCAGAUGGUUAUGGUAAUCUGAUCCUAGAUCUGUGGUUAAAGCAGGGGUGGGCAAUUCUAGCUCUGGAGGGCCAAAGUAUUUGUUUCAGUCAAAUAAUCAGCGAGUCCUCAGUUAAGACACCAAUUAAUUAAUAACCAACUAGAAAGGGUCAUUUUUCAAGAAAAAUUGUGUGACUUGCUUCAGCUGUCCAGAAUAAUUUUUAUGUUGGUGGAAGAAGUUUAAAUUGUUAGUGACUAGUAUUGAAAACCUGAAGCUCGUUUAGUGGUGACUAUUAUAUAUACUUAGUGCUGGGCUGGAACAAAAGCCUGCCCCUCCGCCCUUCUCCAGAGCUUCAAUAUCCCACUCUAGGCAACUUCUAACCUCUAAGCCAUUAAUUUGCCCAAUUGUGCCACCUGGUGGGAGCAUGCUGCGGUGCAUCCUCUCCUUUCCUCUGUGUGUGUGUGUGUGUGUCCCUGCCUGAGUGUGUCUGAUGCCAGCCCGAGGCCAUGUUGUAUCUCACACAGAACCGAACACCGUUAAUGUUUCAGCGCAUGGAGCCGCCCUCCCCCGGGGGAGGAGAAGGGGGAGGAGGGGGAGGCCCCGACGGGACGGGAGGAGGGAUGCCUGGGGUCAACGGCCUCCCCGCCACACAGCACGACCCCAACAGCAUACCUCCAGAGGGUGGGAUGACAGAGAGCCAGUCGUGGGUAACAGCUAAAGCUCAGGAGAUGUUUAACAAGACGGGCAACUGGAGCCCAGAGAGACCCUACCCCGACCAUCUCCAUGACAACAGACACAACUCCCAGACGCUAGAGAUGAGAAAGAUGGGGCGGGACGGGUACUCGGAAACUGAGCCCUGUCACCCAAUGCGAAUGGACAGGCAUGGUCGGACCAUCUCCAUGCCCCGCCUCUCAGACGACAACCAAACCAUAACAGACACCAGCCCCAUGCGUCGGUCCACCUCCUCUCUGGUCCACGGGCGUUCUGGCAGGGAGAGGGGGGUGAGGCUGGAUGACUACAGCCUGGAGAGGGUAGAAGGAGAGGGGAGGCAUGGUGGGGGAGCAGGAGGGGGACAACGCAGGGACAGGAGGGACAGGAGCCACCGCACCUCUCAGAGGUCCCUUACCAGAUACACAGACGCAGACACAGGGUUGGGCACAGACCUGAGCACUACCACCCAGUCUGGAGAACUCCCCCCCAAAGAGCGUGAACGCGAACGCGGUCGAGCCAAAGACCGCAGGCACCACCAUCAUCACCACCACCACGGUGGCUCCAUGGAGAAGGAGGGGCGCUUCGGGCCAGACAGACACGGGCCAGAGUUCACCCACAGACACCCCCACGACCGGGGGGACAGACACUGGUCCCGCUCUCCUAGUGAGGGGCCCGACGGACGGGGCCACAGACAGGGCAGUAGCUCGGUGAGCGGCAGCCCCGUCCCCUCCACGUCCGGUACCUCCACCCCCCGCCGCGGGCGCCGCCAGCUGCCCCAGACCCCCGCCGUGCCACGCCCCCACGUCACCUACUCCCCAGCCAUACGACACCCCAAGCCCACCUACGGAGCAGGUCCCCCUGGACGACUCCGCUCCCCCUCCCCCCGACACUUCUCCCCCCCAGAGCACGACGGAGGGGGGUAUCACCGCCCGCCAUCGCGUCACGUUUCCCCGCUUGAGCACGGAGGGUCGAGGCACGGGUCUCCGAGAUCGGCCCGGCACCAGUCGGGGUCUCGUUCACCUCCGCCCCACCAUGGGUCACCCCGGUCCCCCCGCCACGGGCGCUGGAGCGGUCCCCCUCCCGGGGAUAGUCUGGAGAGCGAGGGCGGCCCAUUCUAUGAGCGUGACUGCGAGUAUGAGCGCCAGCAUGAGCCGCCCGCCUACGAGCAGAGCCUCAGCAACCCACAUCCCCACGGCAACCCCCACCCGCACGGCAACCCGCACCCACGCUCCCCCAGGACUGCCCGGCACGGGGGCGGCGUGGGCCCACCACCUCCACUUGCUCCCACUCACCCCCGACGAGUCCCAAAUGGUUACCGCUCGUCUUCGCCCUCCCCGCACCGGCGAGGGCCCCCACAUCAACACCCCAAUCCAGGGGGACCACCCCACCGGUCCCCCCCUCAUCACCGGGUCCCCCAUGGAGGCCCCAGAGGCCCCCGGAAGGGACUGCACGAACCCUACAGCGAGACGGACGAGGACGACUGGUGCUAGCACAGCGAAGGAACAGAAGAACGAGGGAGGAGAGGAAGAGGGGAAAAGGAGGGAGGAGAGGAGUCUCUCCGUCUCCCCCGUCCUCUGUUCUUCGUUAUGCAGACUUGAAUGAAGGGUAAAGGGAUGCAGAAGGGGGUGAGGAAAUGAAAGGAGGAGAAGAGAAUUUGGGAGAAGUCUCUCCAUCUCUCUACCUCCACUCCUGAGACUCAGACUUGGAUGGAAUGAUGAGGGAUGGAGGGAUGGUUAGAGGAGAGGAGGUACACUGUGUGGGUGUGUGAGACUCUAAACUCAGAGCAGACAUGACAAAGAGAGACAGCUAUAAGGCAGAACUACGCACCUCUCCUCUUCUCCUCUGUCUCAACUACCAUACCCAGAGUUCUCAGCGUGCCCAGGGGGGAGUAGACCGAGGGAUGGUGGAGAGGUGCUGACGGAGGUGUGGAGAGGGAAGAAAGAACAAAAGAAUGAAAGGAAAGGAGGAGCAUGUAUAUUAAGUUACAAGUGGCCAAUGAAUGGUAAAUCAAAGCCCCUCUCCCAGACUGUUUAGGGGAUAGGUGGGUUAGUUAAGUUAAGCUAAACCUGGGUGCUCUUGCUGUUCUGUCAUUCUAUUCUACUAGCCUGAUAAGUGUUAGGAGCUAACAGCUAAAGCUAGCUAGCUAACACUGCUCUUGGUCUAACCUAGACGGGCAUGUUUAAAACAACAAGGAAACCCCAUGCCAGGACCCCCUAUCCUUAUACACGCCAAGCUAUUCUACUAGCCUGAUAAGUGUUAGGAGCUAACAGCUAAAGCUAGCUAGCUAACACUGCUCUUGGUGUAACCUAGACGGGCAUGUUUAAAACAACAAGGAAAACCCAUGCCAGGACCCCCUAUCCUUAUACACGCCAAGCUAUGCCUCCAGAAAAAUCUAACUUGAAGACUAAAGAACAGAAAACAAAAACAAACUUUGAAAAAAAGAGGAGAAAAAAAGGGAGAACAACCACUUUAACUUAAACUUUCCUUAAAGGGACUAGAACCAGGAAGCUCCGCCUCUACUGCAAAAACCAGCCAAUGACAGAGCUGGCUGAUAUUUGAUGAGUUUUAUCAUCUCCUGUUUACUGUUACAGACUCACGAAAUGCUGACGACGGACCUGGUGUGACCUCACUUCCUGUGGGUGGGGCCUGGUGUGACAUCACGUCCUGUUCCGGUGGGUGGGGCCACAGGGGAGGGGCUGGGGGCAGAGUUAUGGACCCUUAGGGGGCGUAGUUUGUUUGCCCCCACUAUCUUCUCUCCCCCCUUCCUCUCUCCUCCAUCCUGCCGAAAAAUAAAGGACAGGGAAGGAAAAUGAUGUGAGGAGGAGCGGAAAGACAGAAGGGAAGGGAGGGAAAAGACCAUUUCUUCAGUAUUUCUUCUAUCGAUUACUUCUUCUUCUUCUAGUUCUUCUUCUUGGACAUUGGAGCUUGGUUCUUCUGUUGCGUUCGCUCAAGCCUCUGUUAAUCCGUUAUGAUGCAUGAAAAAAAUACCUAGAGAGAAAAUCUACUGUUGGGGAUAUGGGGGCAUUUUGGGUUUAUAGAACACUUACAUUUUAGGUUUUGAUUGAAGAAGUUCUCUUUUUCUGACUCUCUCUCUCUCUCUCUCUGACUCUGUCUAUCAUCAUGCGUUUGUUUAUUGAGUAAAUAUUUGUUCUAUAUCACCCUAAGGAUCCGAUGGACAACCUUUUUUAAGUUUGAUUUCCGCCCAAUAGGGUUUUAAAGCUACCAUUUUCUUAUCUUGAAAGUACUCCUAAGUUCCUGAGAUACUCCUAAAUUUUACUAAGAUACUCCUGUUGUACUAAGAUAUUCCUAAAUUGUUUUGAGGAAUAAGUAAGAAUUGAGAGAGCUAUGGGGAGAGAGAACUUCAACCUCUUUAAAUAAUUGAUUUGUAUUGUUAAUAAUGGUGAUAGUCCUAUAAAUACUGAUAUCAGUGUCAAUGCAAAACGAUGAAUGAUGAUAGUUGUUUGCCGUAGAUCUGUUGUCAUGUUUUUUGGAGUUUCAAUCUGCUGUGUCAUCUAGUUUUCAUCGUUUAUUUUCCUUGGGUACUGUUCAAACUGUUUCCAAACUGUUCCCAAA